AUGGACCCCGACAGAGCCCCGCAGCCGAGCCCCGAGCGGGGAGCGCGGAGAGCGGCGCAGAGGCCGAGCGUGAGCGGCGGCGGCGGCGGGGGCGCGCGGGGAGGCCCGGAGCCGCCUCGGGGACGCGGGCCUCCCCGACGCCACCGACCGCGCCCGCAGGCCGAGGACGCCUUCAGGGACAUUUCCGCCUACUUCUCCCGGGACGCCUGGGCCGCGAUGGGGGCCUGGGAGAAGAGCCGCUACAGGAACGUGAAGCGCAACUACGAGGCGCUCCUCAGCCUGGGUCUCCGGGCCCCCCGACCGGCCUUCAUGUGCCGCCGCAGGCAGGCCGCCCCGGCGGAGGACAGCGACGGCUCCGACGCGGAAUGGACCCCCAGGCAGCGCGCCAAACCUUCCCGGGUGGCCUUCAGAGGAGAACAGAGUAAACACCACAAGGCCAUGUCCAGACCACCAUUAAGCAAUGAAUCUAGUUUGAAGGAAUUGUCCGGAACAGCAAAUUGGGGGACUGCAAGUGGCUCAGAGCUGGCCCAGAAACCAGAGUCCCCUCCUGGAGCAGCAAGUACCUCUGGAGAGCACUCUAGACAAAAAUUGGAUCUCAGGAGAAAGGAGAUUGACGUGAAGAUGUAUAGCCUACGAGAAAGAAAGGGCUAUGUGUACCAAGAAGUCAGCGAGCCCCAGGAUGACGACUACCUCUAUUGUGAGAAGUGUCAGAACUUCUUCAUUGACAGCUGUGCUGUGCACGGACCCCCUACAUUUGUAAAAGACACUGCAGUGGACGAAGGACAUCCCAACCGCUCAGCCCUCACUCUGCCCCCUGGGUUGAGAAUCGGACCAUCGGGCAUCCCUGAGGCUGGGCUUGGAGUGUGGAAUGAAGCAUCUGAUCUGCCAGUGGGUCUGCACUUUGGCCCUUACGAGGGCCUGACCACAGAAGACGAAGAGGCAGCCAACGGCGGAUACUCCUGGCUGAUCACCAAAGGGAGAAACUGCUAUGAGUACGUGGAUGGAAAGGACAAAACCUGUUCCAACUGGAUGAGGUAUGUGAACUGUGCCCGGGAUGAUGAAGAGCAGAACCUGGUGGCCUUUCAGUAUCACAGGCAGAUUUUCUACCGAACCUGCCGGGUCGUCAGGCCGGGCUGUGAGCUGCUGGUCUGGUACGGGGACGAGUACGGCCAGGAGCUGGGCAUCAAGUGGGGCAGCAAGUGGAAGAGCGAGCUCACGGCUGGGAGAGAACCAAAGCCAGAGGUCCACCCGUGUCCCGCCUGCGCUCUGGCCUUCUCCAGUCAGAAAUUCCUCAGCCAGCACGUGAAACGCAGCCACCCCUCUCAGGGUCUCCCAGGAGCGUCUGCGAGACAGCACCCCCAAACAGAGGAGCCCUGCCCAGAGGAUCAGAAGCAGCAGCAGCAGCAGCAGCAGCAGCAGCAGCAGCAGCAGCAGCGGGCGGACACCCAGAGCUGGGAUGGCACCACUGAAGAUCGAGAGGGCAGAGAAAGGUCCAAACCCUUGCUUAAAGGGAUCCGACAGAGGAAGAUUUCAAAGGCCUUUUUGAAACUUCCCAGCGAACAAAUGGGGAGUUGUAGUGAGUGUGAGGGAAUGAUGGAGGAAAAGCCCAGCACAGGCCAGAAAGUGAAUCCAGAGCACACAGAGAAAUUAUUUGUGGGAGUAGGGGUGUCAAGAAGUGUAACAAUCAAGUAUGGAAGGUGUGGGCAAGACUUCCAUGAUGGCUCGAAGCUCACCAUACAUCAGAGGACACACUCAAGGGAGAAGCCCUGUGUUUGCAGGGAGUGUGGGAGAGGCUUUGCACGGAAGUCAGUUCUCACCAUACACCAGAGGACACACUCAGGGGAGAAGCCCUAUGUUUGCAAGGAGUGUGGGAGAGGCUUUGCACAGAAGUCACAUCUCAUCAGACACCAGAGGACACACUCAGGGGAGAAGCCCUAUGUUUGCAGGGAGUGUGGGAGAGGCUUUGCACAGAAGUCAGUUCUCAUCAGACACCAGAGGACACACUCAGGGGAGAAGCCCUAUGUUUGCAGGGAGUGUGGGAGAGGCUUUGCACGGAAGUCAGUUCUCAUCAUACACCAGAGGACACACUCAGGGGAGAAGCCCUAUGUUUGCAGGGAGUGUGGGAGAGGCUUUGCACGGAAGUCAGUUCUCAUCAUACACCAGAGGACACACUCAGGGGAGAAGCCCUAUGUUUGCAGGGAGUGUGGGAGAGGCUUUGCAGAGAAGUCAGUUCUCAUCAUACACCAGAGGACACACUCAGGGGAGAAGCCCUAUGUUUGCAGGGAGUGUGGGAGAGGCUUUGCACGGAAGUCAGUUCUCAUCAUACACCAGAGGACACACUCAGGAGAGAAGCCCUGUGUUUGCAGGGAAGCUGAGUUAAGUCAUUAG